CCAUGUCUUUGGCAGAUGAAAGUUGCUAAAGCCUUUCUCCAGAAAGACCGUGAUAUAGUCUGCAUUGCUGGCACGUCACUGGGGAAAACCAUGUCAUUUUGGUUGCCUCUUCUCUGGAAGAAAGGCCUCCAGAUCAUCGUCACGCCUUUGAAUCAACUUGGAAAGCAGAACGUGGACUCACUUGCGAAGGCCAGUGUAGAGACUGACAUCUCUGUGGCCUCGUAG